ACACCCUUCACCUUUCCUUUAAACCUUAAUUCGCUACCCUGUUUAAACAAUACCAUCGUUUCACAACUACACCGAUUAAAAAUAAAACCACGUCCCUAGUUUCAUAUUGAGAACGAAGUCCAUGCCUUUCAAUCUUUGAUUCCAUGUGAAAUCCACCUAAGAAACUCGUGUCGUGUCGUGAGAUUCCAUCAUUCAUGGUACUGGGUGUUUGUUAGUUUCUUCUUUCUGUCCCUGUUUGUUGUGAUUGCAAAGGUGUUUCAGUGCUUAGAAGCACUGUUAUGGUUAAGACCCAGUUCAGUUCAUUAUGAAAUAUCAGCUUCUGGGUCUUCAAAGUAACAGUUGUGAUCCCAAUUUUGAUCAUCAAGCUCUGGCUAGAGACUGUAGGCCUCAAUGUCGAUCCUAUGCGGCUGCCCUCUCCUUGAGUGUGUUUACUGUCUGGCAUGUACUCGUUGGGCUUAUAAGCGAUGCCUCCACACGGCAGGCCAUGACAGUGAGACAUGGGGCCUUUCCAGUGCCGAAGAAUUUGAUCCUGUUCCUCGCAUCUGCCGGUACAUUCUAGCUGUUUAUGAAGAUGAUCUUAGGCACCCACUUUGGGAACCUCCUGGUGGGUAUGGAAUAAACCCAGAUUGGUUAAUUUCGAAACGAACAUAUGUAGAUACCCAAGGGCAAGCUCCACCUUAUAUGUUGUACCUUGAUCAUAAUCAUGCCGAUAUAGUUCUUGCCUUUAGAGGCCUUAAUUUGGCAAGAGAGAGUGACUAUGCAGUUUUAUUGGACAAUAAGCUGGGGAAGAGGAAAUUUGAUGGUGGAUACGUUCACAACGGGCUAUUGAAUGCAGCUGGAUGGGUUCUUGAUGCAGAAUGUGAAACUCUGAAAGAUUUGGUGGGGAAAUAUCCAAAAUAUACUGUAACAUUCGCGGGACACUCCCUAGGUUCAGGUGUAGCAGCAUUGUUAACAAUGCUGGUGGUGCAGAAUAGGGAUAGAUUGGGAGACAUUGAGCGAAAGAGGGUUAGGGGAUAUGCGAUUGCACCAGCGAGGUGUAUGUCAUUGAACUUAGCUGUCAGAUAUGCAGACGUUAUCAAUUCUGUUGUGCUUCAGGAUGACUUCUUACCACGGACGGCCACACCCUUGGAAGACAUUUUCAAGUCACUUUUCUGUUUGCCGUGCCUACUAUGCCUACGAUGUAUGCGGGACACAUGUAUACCUGAGGAGAAGAUGCUCAAAGAUCCAAGGAGGCUGUAUGCACCUGGCCGCCUCUAUCAUAUUGUUGAGAGAAAACCUUGCAGGUUAGGAAGGUUUCCCCCAGUUGUCAAGACAGCAGUGCCCGUAGAUGGGAGGUUUGAGCACAUAGUUCUCUCUUGUAAUGCCACUUCAGAUCAUGCCAUCGUUUGGAUAGAGAGAGAAGCUCAAAGGGCACUAGAUUUAAUGUUGGAGAAAGCUCAAAGUAUGGAGAUUCCACCAAAGCAAAGAAUGGAGCGGCAGGAGACAGUAGCGAAAGAACACACCGAGGAGUAUAAGGCUGCAUUACAGAGGGCUGUCACAUUGGCCGUGCCUCACGCGUACUCACCAUCACCAUACGGAACUUUUGAUGAGCGGGAAGAGGAGGAGCACUCAAGCGGGGAAUCGUCUUUCGGUUCAACUAAGAAAAGCAAGACAUUUGUAGAGCGGUUUUGAUUUUUGAAGCGAAAACAGUGAAAAGAAAAAGAAAAAGAGAGGUGAUUUUUUGUUGUUGUUCAUAUAUGAUUGAUUGCAUUGUCGAUAAGUAGUGACCCGAUCAUAUUGAUGUCAUUUUUUUCACACACAGACAGCUUUGAGUUCGCAACAAAACUGCAAAUCAUUGAUUCAUUUUGUACCA